AUCUUUAGUUGAGAUUGACAUAUACAUACUCCUCAACUCCAUGUUUAACAUGAGUUGUACCUGCGUUUAAAUCUGAGAUCAAAUCAUCCACAAACAUAAUCAGAAUUUAAGCUAUUUACAAUGUGCCACAUCACUAUCCUUUUAGGCUAUAAUCGAGCAACAUAAAGUCCGAAUUUAACAUAUGUAGGUUUGAUUUGGUCUACAGCUGUGUAGAUUUGGGGGCGGGGGUGAAUAUUGAUGAUCAGGAGAUUCACAUUUCCAACCAAUGUACUUGAUCAUUAUCAGGGCUGAAUCGAAGUGUCGGUGAAUAGAGGAGAUAAUGAGUAGAACUAUGAGUCUUGAAGAAAAUGAUCAUUUGCAUGUUAGGUACCUGAAUAGAGACCCAAAAACAAAUCAAAGAUUCACCAAAAACUAUCUGUAUUCUUUGUAGUACCAACUAUGAAGAGUAAAUCCUUUCUCCUAAUAAUUGUUGUUUGGUUUGUCAUUUAGGACAUGAGGCAUCUCCUCUUUUUGUCAACUAGGCAGUGUUGAAAAAGGAGAUACUGCUAUAUCUGGAUAAUUCCAACUGGUAUCCCAGAUCUCUUGGUACCUAGUCUUGCUUCUCCAACUCCCUAGGGAAAGCUAGAGAUCUUCCCCGUCCCCAAGCCGAACAAAACUAAAUAGAUAGCAAAUGGUCCUUCAAAAGUAGUUUACAUCUUACUUUAUAUCAGACUAGAUCCAUACCAGGUAUAAAUUUGGAGAACUUCUGUAUGCAGCCUGGUAAUAGCAAGGAUUUAGUUAUGCGCUCCCUGAAGAAUUGAAGACAGGAAAAUGGAAUGUGUACAGAUCUGCUCGCUCUCCAGUGAAACUUAUUAGUAGAUUUGCAGAUCAUCCUGAAAUUGGUACCUUACAUGACAAUUUUGUGCGAUCGGUUGAGGCAUUUCCAGACUGCAAUUACUUAGGAUCACGAGUUCAAGAAGAUGGAACAGUAGGAGAGUACAAAUGGAUGACAUACAAGGAGGCAGAUACUGCACGGUCAGCAAUAGGUUCUGCACUAGUUUGUCAUCAGAUACCAAAGGGAUCUCGUGUUGGUUUAUAUUUUAUCAACCGACCAGAAUGGCUGAUAGUCGACCAUGCCUGCUCUGCGUAUUCAUUUAUUUCAGUUCCUUUAUACGAUACUCUUGGUCCAGAAGCUGUAAAAUAUAUUGCAAACCAUGCAGCAAUUGAAGCUAUAUUUUGUGUGCCAGAAACAUUAAAUCAUUUGCUUAGCUUCGUAUCGGAGAUUCCUUCGCUGCAUUUAAUUGCGGUUGUUGGAGCAGUAGAUGGGAGAAUUCCAUCACUUCCACCGUCAUCUGGAGUGGAGAUCAUAUCAUAUUCAACACUACUUAGUCAGGGUCUCAGCAAUCUUCAGCCCUUUUGCCCACCAAAACCUGAGACUGUUGCUACGAUAUGCUAUACGAGUGGUACAACUGGGACCCCAAAGGGUGCUGUUUUGACCCAUGGAAACCUGAUUGCAAAUGUUGCUGGUACGAGUAUUGGCAUCAAUCUAUACUCUUCAGAUAUUUACAUAUCAUAUCUUCCGCUGGCACAUAUAUUUGAGAGGGCUACCCAAGUAUUGCUGGUCUAUUUUGGAGGAGCUUCUGGAUUUUAUCAGGGAGAUAAUCUGAAACUAGUGGAUGAUAUGGCUGUAUUAAGGCCCACUGUCUUUUGCAGCGUUCCUCGGUUAUACAAUAAAUUAUAUGCCAGCAUUAUGAAUGUUGUGAAGACAUCUGGUUCUCUGAGAGAGAGGAUAUUUAAUGCUGCUUAUAAUGCUAAGAAGCAAGCAAUUUUUAAUGGAAAGAAUCCAUCCCCAUUCUGGGAUAGAUUGAUAUUCAACAAAAUAAAAUCAAGGCUAGGAGGAAGAGUUCGUUAUAUGGUCUCAGGAGCUUCACCGUUAUCUCCUGAUGUAAUGGACUUUUUGCGGGUAUGCUUCGGUUGUCAAGUUAUAGAAGGUUAUGGAAUGACCGAAACUUCCUGUACUAUAAGUAACAUGGAUCAGAGUGAUAUCUUAUCUGGUCAUGUGGGCUCUCCUAAUCCUGCAUGUGAAGUAAAGCUUGUUGAUGUCCCUGAAAUGAACUAUACAUCUGAAGAUAAGCCUUGUCCCCGUGGUGAGAUUUGUGUAAGAGGCCCCAUAGUGUUCCAGGGAUACUACAAGGAUGAAGUACAGACGCGAGAAAUGAUUGACAAAGAUGGAUGGCUUCACACCGGAGAUAUUGGAGUGUGGCUACCUGGGGGGCGCUUAAAGAUAAUUGAUAGGAAGAAAAAUAUUUUCAAGUUGGCACAGGGAGAAUAUGUAGCUCCUGAAAAAAUUGAGAAUGUUUAUGCAAAGAGCAAGUAUGUUGCACAGUGCUUUAUACAUGGUGACAGCCUGAAUUCCUCUCUGGUAGCCAUACUGUGCGUGGACCCAGACAUGUUUAAAGCAUGGGCUAUAAAUGAAGGCAUCAAGAAUAAAGACGUGAAACAGCUCUGCACUGAUCCAAGAGCAAAGGCUGCAAUAUUGAAAGACAUGGAUACCGUUGGAAAGGAAGCACAGUUGCGAGGCUUCGAAUUUGCAAAAGCUAUCACUUUGGUGCUCGAGCCUUUUACUUUGGAGAAUAAUCUGCUUACUCCAACUUACAAGAUAAAAAGGCCACAAGCAAGAACAUACUUUGCUAAAGAAAUUGCUGACAUGUAUACAGAACUCUCAACAUCCAAUUCUUCUCCAGAUAAAAUCUUGUGAAAGACACAAAUAAUAUUCUGAUCUUAUGCUGUGGAAAUGUUGUCCUAUCUCCCAAUGGAACUGUAUAUUUAAGCUAAAGUUAAAAAUUGACGUGUGGAUAUUCCUAGAAUUUUAACACAUGAGUUUGUCACAAUAAUUUGUUCGUUUGUACACCUUUUAAACCGUCAGCACUGCUCCAAGAUUUUGUGUAUAUCGAUCGAAGAUCAUGAUGGAGCGAUAAGUAUUUCUCCAUCCUUAAUCAAGAUAUUGGAUUUGAGCCUUGGUGUAUGAACUCAUCUUUGAUAGGGAACACUUUAUCCCAAAUUGGAACUUUGAACGCAAUUCCAAAAGCUGGACAAAA